AAGUUGCAACAGAGUCCUGGCCUCCGUUUACAAUCUGCUUUUCUCUCGGGGUGAAGGGAAAGAGCGCGAGGACUGAAUUGGCCCUGGGGCGAAUUUGUUGGUAGUGGGUGUGAGGGGGAGCGGCUGGAGGCAGGUGCAGCGGCGGAGGCUACGGUAACGAUCCUGGGCUGGCCAACAGUGAGCCACCUCCCCGGUGUGCGUUGGCGGUACACCUGUACUUAUAGUUGAGCGCGGGGCCGCUAGGUGGCACCGUUAUCGCGCGUGGUUGUCGAUUGGCGGGCAAGGCAGGCGCGGGACGAGCGUGGAUCAGGCCUUCCAGGGGAACCUACGCACCGGCACCCUUGAAUCCAGGUCAGCCAAGGGGCCACUAGAAGCCACCUACACGUUUUCCGGAGAAAAAGGUGCGCCUUUGACGUCCAGGGAGUAGCGGGGAACGUUCAUAGCUGGUGAGAAACUCGUGAAGAAGAGACGAACGCCUGUGGUCGCCAGAUACCUCUGACAAGUGAGGCUAGCAGGGCUGCCAGCGCCAUUGAUUCCAGGCUCCAGGACUUGAAGACUACCCCGUCAUGGUCGCUCCAGUGUUCCAGUUGAGCGUGGUGUCUCCGUGAACGUCUCCCGGCGCCCCCGCCACCACCCCGCGGUCCUCACCUGCUGAAUGUUAAAUUUUUUGCUUGUGCUCUGGUGUGUCAAGGUAAAUGUGCGGCCUAGGGUUUAGACUGAAGAACACCCCCUCGAAGAAAACGUCCCUGCGCUGGGGCGACUGUUGUGGGCGCGGUGUCGUAAAGAGGUCUUGCAGUUCCCGCCGUCAGGAGGGGAUAUGACUCGUCCCACCUGACCCACACCUCGUAACCCCCUGGCCACGCAGUCUUCGUGGGGUGUUCGCUCAGCGCUGCUCUCACCAACACCCGCUCUGAACACCGUCUACUUCCUUGUUCUCACUGAACUUUUAUUAUUCCUCUUCGUUAUAUUCUGCUCGACCAACACAAGCAGCGGGUCCUCCUCUCUAACUCUCACAAUAUUUUCCUCGAACACGGACAAGUCUUCCAACAGAAGCUGUUUCUCUCGAGAGAACUUUGUAGAGGUGAUAAAGGCAAAUAAGAAAUAACUGAGAAACGAAAAGACAUAGGAAGAAUUAAUUAUUUUUGUUAUACGAGAAAAAGUCGACUAUUUUAAUCAUCGAAGUUUUUGUAAGAGCUUUGAAAAAGAUUUAUAUUUUGAAAGAAAUAGAGAAUUGUCUACUUUGUGUACACUACGAGAACAACUCUGUCGUCGAAGCGUCUCAAGGUGCUCCGCCAUUACACUGACCAAGCUCUACAGGGACUUCCCCCCCACCACACCCCCUCCCUCACCUCAUAUCUCGGCACUCACUACAUAAACCUCAGCUGAGUUUAUAAACCCUCUACCCCUUCUUCCCACCUCUUAAACAUUCCUUAUAGAUCAAACCUAAUCUUAACCAAUACCAAUAUACCUCAAACCUACAAAAAAAAACCAAUAUAACCCAACUCAUUUACAUCAAUCAUAAUCCAUUCAAGUUGAUAACGGAUUAAAAACCUCUUUAUCCAAGUCAUUAAAGUCCCAAUUGAUCAUCCUUAACACACAACACUACCACCAUCAUGACUAUCAACAUCGGUGGAUUGGUAGCCAUCGUCUUCUUCUACCUGGUCAUCCUGAUAGUGGGGAUCUGGGCAGAAAAGAAGCCUGAAGGUGAAGAUGACGCUGACGAUGUAAUGUUAGCAGGGAGGAGUAUAGGCGUGUUCGUCGGCAUCUUUACCAUGACCGCGACUUGGGUUGGCGGUGGUUACAUAAACGGGACGGCCGAGGCGGUGUAUGACUCAGGCCUAAUUUGGUGUCAGGCCCCGUUCGGUUAUGCUCUCUCCCUUAUUUUCGGUGGUAUUCUGUUCGCCAAUAAAAUGCGUUCCCAGGGUUACGUCACCAUGUUGGAUCCGCUGCAAGACAAGUUUGGCGAACGGAUGGGAGGUCUUCUGUUCCUGCCAGCUCUGUGUGGUGAGGUGUUUUGGUCAGCUGCCAUCCUCGGUGCAUUAGGUGCGACCCUCUCAGUCAUACUGAAUAUAGAUUCGGAAUUGGCCGUCAUCCUGUCAGCUGUCAUUGCUGUGGCGUAUACACUCUUCGGAGGCCUCUAUGCUGUGGCCUAUACCGAUGUGGUCCAACUAGGCUGUAUAUUUCUGGGACUGUGGCUGUGUAUUCCCUUCGCCUGGAACCAUCCUGCAGUGGGUGACGUCAUGUCUUUAGAGAAGGACUGGAUCGGUUCGGUGCCCACUGAUCAGAUUGGACUUUAUAUGGACUACUGUCUCCUCCUCGUCUUCGGUGGCAUCCCCUGGCAGGUAUACUUCCAGCGUGUGUUAUCCAGCAAGUCAGGCCACAAAGCUCAGAUAUUGUCGUACGUGGCGGCUUUCGGCUGUCUCAUUAUGGCUGUACCUCCCGUCAUCAUAGGCGCCAUCGCUAAAGUCACUACCUGGAACGAGACGACCUUUGAGUGCGAGCCAUUUGCCGACACCUGCAUCACAAGUAACCACACAGCCAUGGUCCUUCCUCUGGUCAUUCAACACCUCACGCCCAGCUUCGUCUCCUUCGUGGGUCUGGGGGCCAUCUCUGCCGCCGUCAUGAGCUCCGCCGACUCCUCCGUUCUCUCUGCUGCCUCAAUGUUUGCUCGGAACAUUUGGAAACUCAUCUUCAGGCAGAAUGCGAGUGAGACGGAGGUGAUAUGGGUGAUGAGGUUCGCCAUCUUCAUAGUAGGGAUACUCGCCACUACACUCGCCCUCACCAUCCCCUCAAUCUACGGUCUGUGGUACCUGUCGUCGGAUCUGGUGUAUGUGAUCCUCUUCCCGCAGCUGCUGAUGGUCGUGCACUUCCGCAACCACUGUAACUUAUACGGGUCACUGGGCGCCUACAUCAUUGGUCUCUUGGUGCGACUCACGGGCGGGGAGUCCAUGAUUGGCAUCCCUGCUCUCAUCAAGUAUCCAUGGUACGACGAGGAAGAACAAGUGCAGCUCUUCCCCUUCCGAACUGUGGCCAUGGUCCUCUCUGGGCUCGUCCUCGUCUUCUUGUCUAUGUUCACACGGUGGGUGUUUGAGACUGGACACCUCCCACCCAAGUAUGACUUCCUCCGCUGUGUCAUCAACAUUCCAGACGAUGUGCAAAAGGUUGGAGACCCGCAGGAGGGCGAGAUGAGUGUCAUGGCGUGUCACACUGUCGUCAAGUACAACUCUACCGACGAGAUGAACGGCCGCGUCAAUCCUGCCCUCACCCUCGGCUCUGACAGCGAUGAGGAUCUCCCCGCCCCUACCACCACCACCGCCGACGGUAAGGUCAAGAAACGACUCGUUGGUGAGAUCAUCUCUCCCCCUCCUAUCACCUCCCCGAAGAAGCAGGACCAAACGAAGCUGUGAAAAAAGUAGAAAAAGUCGGAGUGUUCUUCUCCUCCGGCUUUUCGCGUCCCUUGACUCCAACACGCGCCUCGACGCUCAGUCCAGCAGCCACCGCGUUAACCUCAAUGUUACUAACUGCCUAAAGUGAGAACUCUGUUCUAUAAGAAGACUUACGAGAACUUCUCGUAUUUGAAAACUUCAUUUACUACUGAUUAUGUUCUCUGAAACCCAGAGAGACAAGGAAUCUAGACCUCUACCCUGCGAGACCCGUGAGAGAGAGAGAGAGAACACUAUCUCUCGAGAUCUCGAGAGGUAUUGACUCCCACUGCCCUUUGACAGCUUUGAAGUCAUACUCAAGGUACCUAAAACCUAUUGGAGUCAGGAUUUAAUUUCCCAUGAAUGACUGCAGUAGACCUGGACAAAUUAGUAGUAAGGUUUGUGAGUGGGAGAGGGAGGUGAGGAGGAGGGGUAGACGCUCCGUUACCACCCCGCAGGCAGUAAACAUCUCCACCACCUAACUCUGGCUGCAACUGUCUCAAGGAGAGCAAUUGUUCAUGCUUCUAUUUUCUCUCUCCAGGGUACAACCCGUACCUAUCCUUCCCCUCAUGUAUCUCCUCUCCUCACUCGCUUCCUGUCCCUCUCACUCUAAACAUUCCUCCUCUCCCUGUGGCUCUCACAUCUCUCCACCUCCUCCUCUUCUUUCCCUCUCUACAUAAAAGAAAACAAGAAUUUCAUUUAAGCGAUGAAGGUGUGCGUAGUCUGUGAAUGUUGGUUAUUUUUGUAGGCAAUUAGAUAGGUGUUUUCUAGUUAACGAUUUGUCCUGUCUGGAGUGCUUGGUGACUACUGGCUUCGUACGUAGUGUAGCAUCGCCUAAAUGAAAACAUGAUAAGGGGGCGACAUGAGAUUUAACCAUAUUAGUUUUUCCUCUGCAACCACGAGACUUAUAAUGAGGGGAGGACUGGGUACCUCACCUUGUAGAACGCCGGGGAAAAACUCUUAACCCAGCUUACAACUCUCUCUCUCUCUCUCUCUCUCUCUCUCUCUCUCUCUCUCUCUCUCUCUCUCUCUCUCUAACUCAAUUUUAUCCUACAUUUGUUUUCUCACAGCUACGAUAAGCAAACCAAUCAGCUGUUACUCAUCAACCAGUAACCAAUCAGGAACUUCCCAACACGAAGAUUAUAUUAAAUCUUAUAAACUAAAGGAACGGUAAUUACGAUACCAGUCUUAUAUACAGUGUACAACCUCACUAGUCUCUCAUAGUAAAGAUAUAAGCCCUUUCUAAUUAAUUAAUUGCUAUAAUUUUACAAAAGAACAAAUGAAGCGGAAAUACAACCAAUGAGGUGGCUCGUUAUAUAAAACAACCAAUGAGGUGAUAUCUAGUAGGCUAAACCAAUCAUCUGCCUCGUAACAUAUACAGCAUCUAUUUACCGUUACUUAUUAUAUCGUUAGAAAAUAAUAAUAAUAAUAAUAAUAAAAAUAAUAAUAAUAAUAAUAAUAAUAAUAAUAAAAAUAAUAAAAAUAAUAAUAAUAAUAAUAAUAAUAAUAAUAAUAAUAAUAACAACAAUAAAUAUAAUACCUUUGAAAAUCGAUGAACGGUUAGGAAAAAAAAUACUACUUUGCCUCAAACUACAAAAAAUAUUUACAAAAAGUUCUCGAGGUCAGACAACAAGAGAGAGAAACACACACACACACACACACACACACACACACACACACACACACACACACACACACACACACGGACGGACGGGAGGAUAGACGGACCUGACAGAGAUGGACGGACGGAGAAAAAACAAACGGACAGAACUAUAUCUCCCACCUAAACCCUCCCCUACCCCCUCACCCACCCUCUAACCCACCUCCCAACCCACCCCACCCUCUAACCCACCUUCCAACCCACCCCACCCCCUAACCCACCUUCCAACCCACCCCACCCCUAACCCACCUCUCAACCCACCCCUUCAUACUACCAGUCAAAGAGACAAGACAUUAAUUACCACAAUAUAUGUCGAAUUACCUUUAAAAUCAGAGAUUGUCGAUGUUUAUGAGGAGCUCUGGAAGUGUUUGUUUGUGAUGUUUACUAGAGACUCUGUUUGUGAUGUUUACUAAAGAUCUUGGAGAAAUUUGUAGAUAUUUCACUAGUGUUUAACGAGUAGUCUCUGAUGUUUAUUUAGCGAUUUUAAUAAUAGUGUGUUUACAAGAGGCUGACGAUGUUUAUAGACUGUGGCGAUGUUAAUUAGUGACAAUGUUAACAGUGACUGACGAUGUUUAUAGACUGUUAAUGUGUAUAAGCAGACUUAGACUGUACUAAUGUUUAUUAUUAAGGUAAUAAGUUGGUAAUAAAUAUGUUGUGUUUACAUUAACAUCCCAUUAUGUGCAUAUAUAAAUAUUCCAAUUUAGUUUCAUAAUAUAAAUUCGCAGUUCGUUUCUUAAUAUACAUGUCUCUUCUUAGUCUUCAGUCAAAAUAAACAAAUCAAUUAACAAAGGGAAUGAAAAGUAUAAUUUGUUGAUAAUUUUGGAGAAACAAUGGGAAAUAUAAACUUACUUUAGAUUUAAUUUCGUUUUUUGUGUGUGUGAUAUAUAUAAAGUAACGGAUUCCAUUACGUGAAAAAAAUUGAUUAUGAAAAGUUUGGAAGGAAAUAAAAAAAUCUUUAUCCAGAGCUGCGUCAAAAUUAUCUCCAAGUUGUCAAAAAUUAUCCAGGUAUCGCCAAAGUUUUACCUAUGUGUUUCUAGAAUUAUUUCCACUUAUCGUCAGACUUAUCUCCGGGUUGCAUUGAGUCGCGGUCACUGUGUUGUGUAGAAAUAGUUCCAGAAUUCUUAUAAAAAUAAUAUAUAUUUAUCUCUAAUUCUAAUAAGUUUAAAAGAAUUGUGUUAAUUUCUAUAUUUUUAUAUAAUCUAUAUUUUGUGUACUAUAUUUCACCAAACUUCAUCUUUUUAAUAAUUAUUCAGAUAUAUAAACUAAUAUAUAUUUUUGUUAUAUAAAUAUUAUCCCUGAAGAUAUAUAAAUUACCCUCAUAGACUUAGUUUCAUAGGAAUUUUAUCAGUUUUAAGUAAGUAUUAAUAUAUAUAUAUAUAUAUUGUUUACAAGUUUGCAAAUUCAUGUUGUCGCUUUGUUUUGACAUCUUGAGGUAAAAGGGGCAUAAAAGAACGCGAAAAUGUGUUUGUUGACUUGACGUACCUCGUGUGUGUGUGUGUGUGUGUGUGUGUGUGUGUGCGUGUGUGUGCGUGUGUGUGUGUGUG